AUUCUGUUAGCUGCUGCAGUCGUUCCUCUUUCCAGCCAAUCGUUUACGAUUCUGUUGCUUGGCGGCUCGACGAAUCACUUCAGGCAGCCGCACGGAUCCACGGCAGCCGGCAAACCCCAUAUCAUUUGCCACGCAGCGGCUUUGCCCUAGGUAGCCAACGCCACAAGGUUGAAGGCUUGAAGCAGUAGGUGGCCGAGCAGGCGAGCACCAAGGCAUCGAUCAAUUUACCACUUCAUCAGGGCCCCAUUUUAUAUAUCGCACCGGGCCCCCGAAUUUCUGGAGACGGCCCUGUUUAGCUCAUGAACAUUUUGAAUUUUUACCAACAUUUUCUCAGAUCCAUGUAUUAUAUUUUUAAUGUAGUGAAUGUUUUUUCAUGAAACGUGAAAAAAUUGGAACAUCAAUUCCCCUGUUCUUCUUAGUACAAAUUUUGUUAAUCAAUUGCGUAGAAAACAAACCUUCAAAGAGAAAAACUUGGUAGUACGCACUCAGGAGUCCAGGCUCAGCCUGUUGCACUUGCACGCUCCGAGCGCCCUUGCCCCUGUGUGCUUAUACGGCCGCCGGUGACACUGUGUGCCGCUCCACUGAGCUCUCCGCGCUAGCUGGUUACAGGAUCGGGAACGACAGCAGUCUUCGGAGUAGACGCCAUGAAGGCGUCGUGCAUUGGCCGGACUCGACCGCGCCCAGGAGAUCAGCGUUGAUACGCAUCUGAAGAUAGCUAUCCCAAUCUUCCUUCGUUAGGAUUCUUAUUUGACAUGUUAUCUGUUCGGUUUAAAUAGCAGAAAACUAUGCCGACCCCAAGAUCUAUUAGAGAUCUUAUUUGGCAUGUAUAUAUAUCUGCCUUGUAUAGACGCAGGGAAUCUCUCAUUGUCGCCGUUCUUCCAUCGGAGUGCAAAUCUAAGAGACGACAAGAAUGUCAGAGCUUCGUGAUCUUCCCGCUGACCUUGCAGCGGGGUCUGACAAAAGGUCAUAUGUGAUCAAGGUAGACGGCUAUUCAAGAGUCAAGGGGAUGAUCGGGCAUGGCGACAAAGUGAAAUCUGCCCCUUUCAGUGUUGGAGGCUACGACUGGGUUUUGUGGUUCUACCCAAACGGCAGCGACAUCACACAUUAUGAAGCCGGUUAUGUAUCUGUUUUUCUGGCUCUUGAUUCUGGUUUUGCCACGGACGUGAGGGCGAAAUUUAGAAUUAGUUUGCUUGACAAGAAUGGAGAACCAGACAUUACAAGAAGCAAGACCAAUCCCGAAUGCAUCUUCUCUAGCAAAGGUUCAUUCAAGGGUUUCCGUGAUUUUAUCGGCAGAGCUUAUCUUGAGAAUCCAAGGAAUCUAAGCAACGACAGUGUCAGCAUCAUGUGCCAUGUUACUGUCGUGAAGAAUAUCCACAAAGGUAAUCGGUCUGGCUUGAUUCCUCCAAGAAACUUGCAGCAACAUCUUGGAGACCUACUGAAGAGCAUGGAUGGAGCCGACGUGACCUUUCAUGUCGGCGGGGAGAGUUUCUUGGCUCAUAGGGCCGUGCUCGCCGCUCGGUCAUCCGUAUUCAGAGCGGAGCUCUUUGGCGGCAUGAAGGAGAAAGCUGGCGGUCCGAUUGAAAUUAGUGACAUGGAAAGUGACGUGUUCAAAGCCUUGCUCCACUUCAUAUACACAGACGAGUAUGAGCCUGUUCCUGAGAUGACCGAUGGAUGUGAAGCACGGAGAGAAGCGGUGAUGGCUGGCCAUCUACUUGUUGCAGCAGACAGGUACAAUAUCGAGGGGCUGAAGCUGAUAUGCGAAGAGAGGGUGUGCAACCUCAUCAACCCUGACAUCGUGGCGACUAGUUUGGCUCUAGCUGAGCAGCACGGCUUCCAUGGAAUCAAGGAUGCCUGCUUUGAGUUCCUCGCUUCGCCUUCCAAUUUGGAGGCGAUGAUGAGCAUCUCAAGAAUAGCUGCCCAUCAGUUCUCAAGGAGCUGGCUGCUAGCUUCCUGCCCGCCGAACUGAAAGCGGCCAAAGAUAUUAUCAUGACAAUUUAGUAUUGUGGCUAGUCAUCGUUGCAUCUAAUCUAAUUUAGUAUCUAUGGUCUUACCUAUUUCUCUAUGUUGAUUGCAUGUACUAUCUAGAUCCAAUUUAGCAAUCAGAAUGCGAAUUGAU